UGAGCCAUUUGGACUGGUCGCAACCGCUUAAUUUGGCAGGCCAGACCUGUUCACGUCUACCCGCGUAAGCUUUUUUCGAAAUCUACCUUCUAAUCUCGGAAUCGCUAAUGACAAGAAAUAGCUCAUUCGAACUGAUCAUUCGACAACAGCCGGUGCGAUCUCGUAUGUGUGGCGUUGGAGAACGAGUUGAUCGGAGACCCAUUGAUCCCCCUCCAAUCGUACAGUUGAAGCUGAUUGGGCAAACGAACGAUGAAACGUGAGUUGUUCAUACUGGAGUGCGACGUUUGGCACCAUUAUCCGGUUCAAUCGUGUUUUGUUUUUACUUACCUUUCCUUUAGUUUGCAGAAUCUCUCUCCUUACAUAUUUAUGACGGCUGUACUCGUACCUGCUGGAGACGAAACGGACGAACCGCCGCGAAUUGACUUUCACAGCAAACUGACGAUAGGAAGAACAGUCUCAUCGCUAUACUUGCUACGUGACCUUGAUGACACGGAAGGAGCCUUUUUCGCGUUUUCCGAUAUCUCAGUUCGCGUUGAUGGUUACUAUCGCUUGCGAAUGUGCCUUUUUGAGAUAGUGGAAUCCGGCGUUCAUUACCGACGAGGGGUGCUUACAGAUCCAUUCACAGUGUACUCUGCUAAGAAGUUUCCUGGAAUGCACUUGUCAUGUCCUCUUGCACGGCACUUCGCACAGCAGGGUUUGAAAAUUCGUAUACGCAAAGAAUCACGUAAGAGAGGCACAGGGAGCCGACGACAGUCG